CAAAAAUCCAGAGUGAAAGUGUCUCAGGUUGCGCUAAGUGGCCUGAAAAUUUCCCGACCCUCGCGGAGGCCGAAGCGGCAAGGGCGCGCGGACGGCGAGGGAGCGCGGGAGGCCCAGUGCGCCGGCCCGGCUCGGCCCGCCCCCACCCAUGCGCCCAGAGCCGCUGGGCUCCGUGGGGCUCGGCAGGGGCGCAGCCGCUCGCUCGUGGGGCACCCCGACCCGCAGCGGGUCGGCGGCGGGGCGCGGGGGACCCCAAGGCCGGCGCAGCCCAGCACAGGCCCGCGGGCCUCCAUGUACGCGCUGAGCGCUCGCGCCCCGCACCCUCGAGGGCCGGCCGGGGCGCGCGGGCGGGGACGGCCGGGCGGCGGCGGCCGGAACGGGCCCGGGCGGGCGUGAGCUGGGGGAGCGCGCUGCCUGCAUGCGCGCAGCCCCAGCCCCGGGCGGCCGAAGAGGCGGCCGGACGCGGAGAGGAGCGCGGAUCCCGCCCGGGACAGCCCCGUGGUGACUGGAGCCUGCACGCGGCGAAGACGAGGACCUGCGGGGUUUGAAUCUCCCGGCGAGCUAGGAGCCGCGCGGCGCCCAGAGUUUUCCAACCCAACUCGUGGAUUCGAUCGUGGCUCCGCUCCGAGUGCUGCCCGCGACUCGCAGGAUCCCAGCCCUGGCCGCAGCCGCCGAGCGCGCCCUCGCUGGACUCGGCGCGGUGGGGGUUUCGGGGGCUUUGGACUGGGGUCUCUGGAGAACCCAGACGGGAUUCGCUGUGAAGCAUGGAGGAGAAUGACUCCAAGCCUAGCGAGGCAGCAGCGGCGGCAGAGGGACAGCGGCAGCCCGACAUCAGCCCCGGCGGCGGCGGCAGCAGCCCGGGCGACUCAGACACCGGCCACCGGCGCGCGCUGAUGCUGCCCGCUGUCCUCCAGGCACCGGGCAACCACCAGCACCCGCACCGCAUCACCAACUUCUUCAUCGAUAACAUCCUGCGGCCCGAGUUCGGCCGGCGGAAGGACGCGGGGACUUGCUGCGCGGGCGCCGGCGGAGGACGAGGCAGCUCGGCCAGCGGCGAAGGCGGCACAGGCGGAGCCGAGGGGGGCGUCACGGGUGGCGUGGAACAGCUCCUGGGUCCGGGGGCCAGGGAGCACCGGCAGAACCCGCCUUGCGCGCCCAGUGCGGGAGGGCCGUUACCCGCCAGCGGCAGCGACUCUCCGGGCGACGGGGAAGGCGGCUCCAAGACGCUCUCGCUCCACGGCGGUGCCAAGAAAGGCAGCGACCCCGGGGGCCCCCUGGACGGGGCACUCAAGGCCCGAGCCUUGGGCGGCGGUGACUUGUCGAUAAGCUCUGACUCGGACAGCUCGCAGGCCAGCGCCACCCUGGGCGCGCAGCCCAUGCUCUGGCCGGCCUGGGUCUACUGCACGCGCUACUCCGACCGCCCUUCUUCAGGUCCCCGGUCCCGAAAACCAAAGAAGAAGAACCCCAACAAAGAGGAUAAGCGGCCUCGAACCGCCUUCACUGCCGAACAGCUGCAGAGGCUGAAGGCAGAGUUCCAGACCAACAGGUACCUGACGGAGCAGCGGCGCCAGAGCCUGGCGCAGGAGCUCAGCCUCAACGAGUCCCAGAUCAAGAUCUGGUUCCAGAACAAGCGCGCCAAGAUCAAGAAGGCCACCGGCAACAAGAACACGCUGGCCGUGCACCUCAUGGCCCAAGGCCUGUACAACCACUCCACCACGGCAAAGGAGGGCAAGUCGGACAGCGAGUAGGAGCAGGGUGGGCAAGGCCUGCGGGCCGCGCAAAAACAAUGCAAUAAUUUAAAAUCAUAAAGGGCCAGUGUAUAAAACUUAUACCAGCAUUAAUCGUGAAAAUAUUGUGUAUUAGCUAUGGUUCUGCAAUAUUCUAUGUGUAUAUAAUUUACAGGUGUUGUAAAAUCCAAAAUAUUGGACUAUAAAAUAUUUUUUUGAUUUUCUGUGUUUACAAGGUUAUGCUAAUUUUAUGAUUUUUUUCUUUUUCUUUUCUUUUGCAAAGGGGGCUGCUUAGGGUCUCAUCUUUUUUAAUCCCCUAAGCUCCAUUAUGGCACAUCAGACAUUUUAUUAUUAUUAUUAUUAUUAUUAUUAUUAUUUCAAAAGAAGAAAAAAAAUUAAAACAACUUGCUAAAGUCCAAAGAUUUUUAUUGCUGCAUCUCACACAACUGUGAACAGAAUAAAUAGCUCCUAUUUGGUCUAUGAGUUUUGCCAUUUUGUUUGUGUUGGCUUGGACAGGACAGCAGAGGCCCAAACCAGAGCCCAGAGCCCGGGCCUUUGGGACCCAGGGACCUUAGCAGAAAUAGGAGAGCCCAGGGUCUUUGGCUGAGGUCCAGUCUUGGCCUUGAAAGUGGCCUCUCAGUGAUACCAGGCCUGUCUUGGGAGCAGGCCUGACACUGCCCUCGGCCCAGCUCUGGGACUCCCUGCCCCUCUCCUUUCAGUCCUCCUGCUGUCCUCCUCCCAGUCUCCUCUGGGCCUGGCUCGCAUCUCUCUCCGUACUUCCGGCCACAUCUGUGUUGCUGUGCCCUGUUCUGCGACAGCCCUCCCAUGCCGGCUCUUCUGCUGUGCUCUGGAGUGAGGGGCUGGGGUGUGGGACCCAGAGCCCCCGAGAUUGGUAUGCCCCUCCUCCAGGCCCCAGCUAGCAAGGUCUUCGCCAAAGCAUGAGCAGAGGGAGUUGGCAUUCUGCUCCUUUCCUUUUCCUGUUUAUCCCCCUUUCAUUUGUUUUAGCCACUUCUGCUGUUCUUCCAAGGUAAACACACAUGUGUGUACGUAUUUGUGUGAGCUGUGCACACACACAGCAGGCAUGUACCAGACCCAGUUCUGGAACCUGUGCCUACCUUGACUUUCAAAGACACUCAGACCCCUUUAGGGAUCUAGAAGGAAGAAAGGGUGUAAAUAAUCACUUUUAAUCACUUUUUGUCUUUUCUUGUUUUUUUAAAAAAAUGUACAUUUUAUUUUUCAAAGGUGUGGUACAAUGUAAAUUAAAUAUAUUCAAUAUAUUCUUCACCAAGUACAUAUAUAUAUAUGAGCAAACACAUUAUAUAGAACACCACACUGUCUUCUGUUUAGUGUCCAGAAAAGAUGUCCAUAUGUUCAUGGAGGCCAGAAUUGGGCUGCCCAGGGGAUGUGCCCACGGCCCUGCUGAACACUGCGGGCGGCGGCGGACUUGUCUCUUUGCCUUAAACUCUUUAUUUCACUUCAAUAAUAGUUUCACUUUGUACAUAAUAGUAUAAACCUUUUUGAAAAGGAAAUUAUAAAAACAAAAGCUGUACUUUAAAAUUCUGUGAGUAACCAUCUACUGCUUAGGAAAUUCAAUGAAAUGACGGGCCUUUUUUUAGCAGGAAGCAAACGUGUUGAUUUUUUUUUUUUUUUUUUUUUUUUUUUAGUUUCUAAGAUGUGCAUUUGACAGUCUGAGUAUCAAAUAUUUAUAAUCUUAUGAGAAAUGAAUGAAUGUUUCUAUUUACAACUGUGGUUAUCAGAAUUGUGAACAUUCCAUCCCCCCACGCGCAUUUUUGUGUGUUUAACCUUCUUUGAAAGUUACAAUAAAUAAAAAGAAACACCUCUUUAUUACAAA